UUGUAAACAGUUUAAUCAAUUUGUUUUAGAUUUUUAAUCAUGAAAGGCAUUUUAGUAUUUGAUGAGUUGAAUGAUGUGAUUUUUAUGAAAAUGGACGAGAGUUUACAACAGCAUUUUUAUACGGUUGGAGUUCAGAAUGGCUUAAUUAAUCCUAAAGAAAAUGAUAAAUUAACUAAACAUUCCAUUAGUAAGGAUGUAAUGGUACAGUUAUUUUCACCCCUUAUUGCUUCUCAAAAAGUGAUGCAAGCACAAUUUUUUAAUAUGUAUAGAACAGUGGAAUGCAAUGAUGGAACUGUUAUGGUUUUUACUGAGUUUUUAAAUUAUUUAUUUAUUGGAAUUGGUAAUCUUGAAGAAGAUACAUUAUGUUUGGUUAGGCGAAGAUUGGGUAUUUUUGUAUCCCUUGUGAAGAUUCUUUAUGGUCCAGCAAUUCACUUAAUGAAAGAAAUUGAAUCGUAUGAUAAAAGAUGUCAUUUCUUAUCUAAACUUCUAGAUACAUGGGAAUGUUUGAGAAAAAAAGAACAAACUUUUCUUGUUGAGGCCAUUGAAAGAUUAUUGGUAACAACUAGCUUGAGCACUGAAUGUAUAAAUUUGUUGCAGAAGGUUUUAGAGAAAAUGAGAUCUGUUGAUUCAAAUCAAGACUCAAUUUGUCACUCUUUUCUUUUGGUAGAAAGUAAAUUAUUAGCUUUUUAUUCCAGUCGAAAUGCUGUAGAACUUUCAAAAUCGAGCUUACUAAUGCUAAUUUUAUUAGCUUUGACUACAUGUUCUUCACUUGAUGAAUAUAAAAAUAUUUUUAAUAGUACAAAAUUGAGUGAUAGAGAAUCUCUAUCAAGUAAACAACAAAGCUCAAAUUCUGAGGAGUACUUUACUCCACAAUCAAGUAUUUCCUCAAGGAUGCAUAUUUCAGAGAAUGAAAAUGUUCAUAAUAAAGAUAUUCAAACAGAUUUAAAAGUUUCUGAAGAAAAUUUAUCUCUUAUUACUUGUAUGGAUAUAACAGACAUAUAUCAAGUUCUUGUAUUUUUAAGUUCUGAGAAUGAUUCUGCUGUACCUUACAUGGUGUAUAUAGUUCGUGUAUUACCCAAAAUGAUAUUAAUUAUAGUUAGUGAAGUUAGUGUUAAAGUUGGAAUUUCCUCAUCACUGGUAAAUGUUUUGGAUAUUUUACAUAAUAUUAUUGUAUCACCUAUAGAAAAAACAAGUGAAAAUAUAGCAAAUACAUUAGAAAUUAACAUGAAGAAAUUUUUUGAAAAUUCUAAAAAAAUUAAACUAGAACAGUUGCUUGAACGCAGAGUAAAAAAUCUUAUGAGUAAGUGGGAACAAUUAAAAAGAAAUAACUUCCUGGAAUUUCUUCACAAUAGUAAUGAAUUAUUGAUGCCAGCUAGAUUAGAAACUGCUAUUACUGCUAUCUGUGAAGAUAUACAAACAAUGUUUGAAUUAAUUGUGUUUGAACCAGAAAUAUUGCAUCAAAUAAAACCAGAUAAUGCAAUUAUUUGUGCCUUACUCCAAGUUCAAGAAAUAUCUUCAAGCAAAUUGAUGGAUUAUAUUGAUUAUUUAGUUGUAAAAGCACAACAAAAUAUAUCCAUGACUUCAUAUAUUCAAGACUUUCCUGGAUUAAUUCAUUUUAUAUAUGUUGACAGAACAAGAAAUUAUAUAGUUACUCCAUCAGUUCGUAUAAGUGAGCAUUAUACAGAAGGAAAUAAUAUGACUAAUAUAACAAAAAGAUUGAUCUGGAAAAUGGUUGAUUUUAGUUAUGAAUAUCUUGAAUCAAAUCAUCUAUCAGCAAUGUGGAGAGAGGAAAAUUAUUGUUUUUCUUAUUUUUUAUGGUUUGAAGAUGCAAAUGUAAGUAAUUUAAUAUAAUAUAACUUCGUAUUAAUAAUGUGUGAUUAAGAUAUAUCAUUCUUAAAGAAGUUUGAUUCUGUUUAAGCUUCCUUAAUAUUU